AUUUGACAGCUGUCAAGUGAUUUAUUCUCAGUGUAUAUGUUUUGUGUUGGUAUUGCUGCACUUUGAAGCUUGACGUCUGACAAACAAAAUUAUUUGUAAUUUCAUUUUUUGACUUUCUAAUUUACAAAAAUAAUUUGAAGGCUGUUUUUUUUAUAAAAGAAUAAUAAUAACUCGCUGUUAAAGACAUAUUAUGGCCACAGCAAUGGAUGUCGACGCAGAAGAAGUUGAAAUGCCUACAUCCAGUAGUUCCAAAGGAGAGAAGAAACGAUUUGAAGUAAAAAAGUGGAAUGCAGUGGCCUUGUGGGCUUGGGAUAUUGUUGUGGACAACUGUGCUAUCUGCAGGAAUCACAUAAUGGACCUUUGUAUUGAAUGUCAAGCAAAUCAGGCUUCAGCUACGAGUGAGGAAUGCACAGUUGCUUGGGGAGUUUGUAAUCAUGCUUUCCAUUUCCACUGCAUAUCAAGAUGGCUGAAAACUAGGCAAGUUUGUCCUCUAGAUAAUAGAGAAUGGGAGUUUCAAAAGUAAGUUCUUUGUACAGAUGUAUUUGUAUUAUUUUCCAGAAAUAAAGAUAUUGUGCAUACAGGGUGCAGUAGCACAACUUCCAUUUUUCAGAACUUGUAUGAAUCUGAAUUGUUUUACACAGUUUUGAAAAUCAAAUCAGAUAUGUCAUAUCCCCUGUUCUUCAUAUACUGAGUAAGCUGAUUUAUGGCAUUUGACAUUCACUCGAAGAGUAGGCUUCAAUGGCAAAAGUUUGCUCCUUACUGUUGCAAAGCAUGUUGGCAAGUGAACUUUGUCGGGAAAAUCUUUAUAGUCUGAAUGGCUCUAAUUGUAAAAAAGUAUGGCCAUUAGGAUGUUGAAUUUACCAGAUCUUUUUCAACCAAUUUACUAGAUGAUUUUCAAAUUUCUCAUGCAUUAAUGUUCUUUUGAUUUCUUCAUACAUUAAAUAAAAUUUCAGAAAAUCUA